AUGGGGGCGGCGCAGUCGUCCCCGGGCGAGCCCGGCCUCGACCUGGCCUCCACGCUCGACGCCUGCCCCGGCCCGACUGAGAGGGCGCUGCUCGCGGCGGUCCUGGAUGGCGACGUUCCCCGCCUCAAGGAUAUUGUUCAUGCAAUGGAUGUCGAGGAUAGAGCAAACCUUGCUGACAUGGAUAUACUAGAGGGCGCUGGACUGCUAGGAUUGGCCUCAUACACGCGUCAAAUGAAGGUCUGCGAAUACUUGGUAGAGGAGCUUGGCCUUGACGUCAAUGCCGGUGGCUCCCGUGGUGGUCCACCACCUUUGGGUUGUGCAGCAUUGUCUGGAGAAUGUGUUGCUGCCAGAUAUCUUCUCAACCAUGGAGCUGAUCCAAAUAAGAUAGAUGGGGCAGGCCUUGCUCCUCUUCAUUGUGCUGCUAAAAAUGGGAAUGAAGAAGUAAUGCGUCUAUUAUUAUCCAGAGGAGCCAGCGUGGAUAUAGAUGAUGUUUUUCAGGGGACGCCCCUGCACACUGCUUCUUCCUUUGGGAAUGCUGGUGCUUUGAAGAUUUUGUUGGAUCACCAUGCAGAUCCAAACAGGGUUUCACAAGUUUCAGGUACCCCUCUAAUUAUGGCUCUUGAUUCUACCAAGCAUGGAGUGAGUGAAUCUGACACACUCAAUUGUGUGAAGCUACUUGUCAAGGCUGGUGCUGACAUGAAUUCUGCUAAUCCGAAAACUCCUUUGGUGGUGGCAGCUAUGUAUGGCUUGGCUGACUGUAUUAAGUACUUGCUAGAGGCCGGUGCAAAUCCUAACAUUCCAGAUAAGCAGUGCGGUACGACACCAAUAGAAAUCGCUGCAGACUCUGGAAGAAGAGAGCUCGUGGAGAUUCUAUUUCCAUUCACUAAACCCAUUCAAUGUGUGCCAAGCUGGAGUGUUGAUGGAAUCAUUACCCACGUAAAAUCAAAGCACUUGAAGGACAAGGACAAGGUAGGUCAAGAUAAGAAGGCUGAGCUGAAAUCACUUGGUGCAAAAGCAGUAGAGGAGAAGGACUACGCCGGUGCAUCAAAAUUCUACAGUGAGGCAAUCAAAGUGGAUCCUGAAGAUGCAACGCUCUAUUCAAACAGGGGCCUUUGCCAUCUAAGGAUUGGUGAAGCACAUGAUGCUCUGGUGGAUGCCAAUGCUUGCAUAAGGCUGCGACCUGAUUGGCCAAAAGGUUACUGGCGGAAAGGAGCUGCCUUAACAGCCCUCAAGGAUCACAAGGAAGCAUGUGAUACGUACAUGGCUGCGAUGAAGCUGGAUCCUGCAAGUCAGGAGAUUCAUGAAGCAUUUUGGGACGCAGUUGCGGCAAUGAAGGAGGAACUUGAUGCUGAACAAAGCGGCAGCUCAUCUGAAUCUGAUUAG